AGUUGCUGAGAAGAGAACAGGACUGUCUUGCUAACGGAACGUACAGUUCAGAUGAACUCAAUGUACAUGAUUUACUCCAAAACCUGAAUUGAAAAGCCGACGGAGAUGGCUUCUAAUGAUAACCCAGAUGAAGAUAUGUCACAGAUUAAAAAGGAAAUCCAGACCCACUUUGCAGUAAGUGGCAAAGUUCCAGAAUGCAGUACAUUUGCUGGAAUGAAAAUUGUUGAUUUCUUUGACAGAGAUGAAAUCAAAACAGGAUUACGGGUUGUCCGUGGAGUUGAUUGGGACCAAGCAGACCAGGAUGGAGGGGAAGGAAAUGUGGGAACUGUGGUGAACAUCCUUGACGACUCUCAACGGGUGCGCGUGCAGUGGGAUUCCCAGGCAACCCUGGACGCUACGAAAAACGGGGACAUCUUUAAUUACAGAACAGGGAAGGACAAUAAAUACGAUCUGCUGGUUUUUGAUAACGCACAGACAGGCAAGAACAUUGUUAAAAUGAUUUUGUACAGAUACGCAAGAAAUAGUGUUAGCGUAGGAGUGCGGGCAGAUGUAUCAUACCUGAAAGCAAGAGGAAUAUUUAAACAUGAGAAAGUAACUUCCAGAAAAGACCCCAAAGUUGCAGGUACCGUAGAGGAUAUUGAGGAUGACAUUGUCAAUCUAUAUAACUGUGACGCGAAGGUGGCCUGGGAGGGAGAAGAGCCUUUAACAAGACACCGAGUGGGACGGGAAGGAAAAGUGGACAUCAAAUUCACAAAGCCGGCAGAGAAAAAAUAUUUUCAAGAUCAUCUGCAGGAAAUCAAUAAAGACAAUGCAGUCGUAGGAAUACGAGUCGUGAAAAGGUCCCACGAAGAUCACGUGAUAGUUGGAACAAUCACGAGUGUAAAGGGAAUAAAAUCAGAGAAAAACGAUUCAAAAGAAAAGGAUGAACCGACAUCGACACAGCGAGAAUCUCUCAAUCUACAUCAAAUACCAAAAUCCCAAAAUAUGCAUUGUUUACUCACAGUGCAGUGGGAUCAUGGUCCAAACAAUGAAGAUGUUGAAACGCGCCCCGGAGACAUAUUAUUGUUCGACAACAGUCAGAUAGGGAUUGAGCACGACGCAAAAUGCAAGGAAUGUUGCUCUAAGAUAAAAGGAAUGAGAUGGAAAUGUUCCAAGUGUCCCAACUAUGACCUCUGCACAUCAUGCUACAUGUCUGCAAAGGAUGAUCAUGCCGAUCAUCGUUUCCAUAGAUUUACCGAACCCAGGAAGAGGACUGAUGUCCCAAGAUCCUCGUCAGAAGUAAAACAUAGUCUCUAUUUGAUUUUUGCACACAACCCAGAAGACAACGCUGGGGAACCAUCUGGGAAGGAUGAAACUUUAAAGGAUGUGAAGAAGUUUGCAAGUUCGUAUCAACAGAAUUGA